AUGACGGCUUUACUUAAAGUGCUGGCCCUUUGGGGUCUUGCUAUUUGUUCUAUUUUUAUAAUUGCUAAAGCAAAUACUAAUGUCAACCCAGUCACCCCAGGAGAAAGCGUUAUUCCAUUACGUACUCACUCUCUUUAUAUGCCGUACAUUGAUCAAGAUCUUCAAAAUCGUUGGUUCGACUUUGGCGCCGAUACAGUAAUUAACACUAACAAGUACAUUAGAUUGACACACGAUCGACAAUCUCAAACUGGUUGGCUUUGGAGUAGAUUGCCUUUGACAGCUACGAAUUGGCAGGUUGAAUUUGAGUUCAAAAUUGACGGACAUAAUCCCAGCUUGUAUGGUGAUGGAAUGGCUGUAUGGUUUACCACAGACCGUGCAAAGCCUGGACCUGUAUUUGGAUUCAUUGAUAAAUUCGAAGGGUUAGGCAUAUUUUUUGAUACUUAUGCUAACUCUAGACAAUCACUAUCGUUAGCAUUCAUUUCCUUAUGUCAUGGCAAUGCUGAUAUACGUGGAAAGUCGGUUGCAACAAAAGCACGCAUUACAUAUUAUAAGAAUACCUAUCUUGAGGUCAAAUUACAAUAUAAGGAAUGGGACCAGUGGGAACCGUGCUUUACUAUUAAUAAUAUAACAAUCCCUACAGUUGCUUAUCUUGGUUUCAGUGCAUUGACUGGUGAUGUUAGCGAUAAUCACGAUGUUAUAAGCAUUACAACAAAUAACAUGAUUUCUGUCCCUCCACGAGUUCAUAAGCCAAUUACGCGACAAGAAUCUGCGUCUUCAAGUUGGUUUGGAUUGCUGUUCACUCUCAAGCUCAUUGCUACUGCCGCUUUUCUUGGUGUUUUGAUAUUGGUGUAUAGAAUGUAUAGAAAUCAGUCAAAUAAAAGGUUUUAA